UGUGAUAAGCUCAGUUGAUACAUUGCAAUCCAAACCCUAGAUAAGAGACAGUGAACACUUUGGUCUGGUUCAUAACUGUCAGGAUAGUAGUUAAAAAAAUAACUCAAAGAAGAGCCCUGACUGGCUUAUUUCAGAGAAAUCCAUCCACUACACAUAAAGGAAUCUUCAAAUCCUAAGACUUAUAAGGAAAUCCAGAAUUAAGAGAAUACCCAAACAUGAUGUGGCUUGCCAGGCUACCAAUGCUGUGCUCUUUAGUUAUAUUCCAAGGAAGGUUUACACUCAACAAACCAUUGCCAAAAUGGGAAAACGACCUUCUGACACAUUAUGAAGAAGAGGCAGAGGAGGUUCUGAGCUCCCUCACUGGAACAAUGAAAGAAGAACUUAAAGAGAGUCUGAAUUUAACAGGAGCCGUAUUUCAAGAGAAGACCACAAUGAAGCUUCCUCAGUAUAUGAUUGACCUCUAUAACCAGUAUGCAGAUGAUAGGACGUCUAUGCCAGUGUCCAACAUAAUCCGAAGUUUUAAUGUUGAAGAUAUUUUUUCGUCAUGUUCCCAAGAAAAUCUACUACAGAGUGCCAUUUUGCUGUUUAAUGUGACUAUCCCCCAACAUGAGGAGGUCAUGAAGGCUGAGCUCAAGUUGAAGCUUUCUUUAGGACAUUCCAAUUUGGGGCACCUCAGUCUAUUUGAUGUCAUACACCUUGAACCCUCAGAGAACCUAAUGGACUCCAAUUCUUUUUUAUCUUCUAAAGAUAUCAAAGGAGAUGACUCCCUAACAAUUGAUGUCACCAAGGCAGUGAAACGAUGGAUAAAGUCCAAGGUGCAAUUGAAUAAACUAGAAAUUUUUCUGAAGAUGAAGGCUCCACUGGAUAUGUGCUUCAAAACCGAAGAGUCUGCUGUGGAUUCUGAUAGUAGUCACCCUCCCAUUUUAAUCAUUUUCUCAGAUGAUCAAAGUGAAAAUAAUGUGAAGGAGAAUCCCAUGGAUUUAACCCAAAUGAUGUUUUAUCAGCAAAGUAACAACAUUGGAAUAUAUUCCAAAAAUACUACAGAUGAUCAUGGUGAAGGACACAAACCCUUAGAGGAAGGUAAACCAAGGGCAAAGCGCAGUGCAGAAAGGAGCCACUGCACAAAGGCAUCACUGAUAGUCAACUUCAAAGACAUUGGAUGGGACUCCUUCAUUCUCUUUCCUCCAAGUUAUGAUGCUGGCCAGUGUGUAGGAGAUUGCUACCUUCCCCUUACAGAUAAUCUGACUCCUACAAAACAUGCCAUUGUGCAGUCAGUGAUGCAUAAGAACAAACCCAAUGAUGUGGGAAACGUUUGCUGUGUGCCAACCAAAUUAGAUAGUAUACCUGUUUUAUACCUGGAAAAACAAACAGCCUCCAUAACUGCAAAACAACAACCAGCCUUGAGGAAAUAUUACGACAUGAAAGUAGUGGAGUGCGGCUGUAGGUAGUCUUCCCUUCAAGGUCAUGUUUACAAGGGACAAUAACCCAUUCAGGACUAGAUAAGUAGGCAUGCGUUGAAGACAUGUUAUACUAUAAAUUUGCUAACUUAUUUAAGUACUUUUUUUUGGAAGGUUGAAAUUCAGCAGUUGAAAAGUGGUAUUCCAGCUGUAGCAAGUGACUGAUCUCUUGGACCCAAUCUGAUUGAAAAAAAAAAAAUGAAGCAGUCAUGGCGGUCUUUGGAGCACCACAGCCAUUCAGAUACACUUGAAAGUGGCAGUUCUCUGCAUAGUGCCUGG